AAUCAUGCCAACAGUUGAUGCUUUCGGCCCGUUGAUCCCCGAGUCCGAGCCCGAGCCCUAUGGUGCUCGCCAUAGCGACCGUCGCCGUGGGCAUCGGCGAUGCUCCGGCCAUGCAUCUUGCCGGCCGCACUCCUCGUCCUCCGUAGCCAGCCGGACUGGGUCACUGGCUGGUCUUUCAUUCGACGGCACCGGCGGGCGGCAGCGUUCUGGCUUUCACCUGCCCCCGGCCAUCCUUCCUCGCCGCCCUCGGCUCGCUGAUGUUCUUGCCUAGCGUCUUGCUUCGCCCUGCCGCAGCAGCAACCGUUCCCUUCGAGAAUUGCCUGCCCGAGUCCUACGUCGAACAUGUGCCUACGCCUCUGCAAUGGGUUCCCGAGUGGGUUGACGCCUCGUUUGAAGCGACGGGUCCCAAACACACGCUCCGUGUGACCAUGUGGGGGAACGUGACGGGCUCCUUCACCAAUGUCGCGCUACCGCCGCCCGACAGCCCGCACUGGAAGGACCCCAGCAAGACCGACGGCAAAAUCGUGGAUGAGCCAGAGCCGGACGUGCCACAUCCCAAACUCACGACGCUGCAUAGCAAGGUCGAGGUCCUGACGUACGAACCAUGGAGGGAGAACACCAACUUUUGCAACACGUCGCUGGUGAAUGCUUCGUGUCCGCUGGCGCCGGUUUUUGUCGAGGCCAACUCGAGUGCUCUUCCGCACAUUCUGCCAUCUCUGCCGUCCGUGACAAUGAGCAACGACUUCUACUCGUCAUACGCCUUCACCUCUUUGACGGCGACUUUCAUCAUCAUAUAUGGAGACUCGAAAGGCACCAACAUCGGAUGUGUUUCUGCUGCGGUCACUCCCGACCUGGGAGACCUCGCAUGGCUGCUCAGGUUCCUGCCUCUGCUCGUCCUGCUGUUUGUGGGCGCGGCCACCGUCUUCGCCGGUAUUUUCAGCCCGUGGGGAGCCGCCGAUAUCUUCCACUGGAGCUCCAACUACGGCCGUGAUCCCGAUCUCCUUCGCCUCGUCACGCCUGGCUUCGGGGACUGCCUGCAGUACAUCCAGUUCGUCGUCCUCACCGGGGGGCUUACUUUGAACUACCCGGGUUUCUACCAACCCAUUGUCAGCCGGGGUUCUUGGGCUGCCCUGAUGUUCAACCAGAGCCUCGUGAGCAAGGAACCGGGGUGGAUCAGCGUCCGAGACGGAAUAUAUGUUACGGACGGCAAGUAUGGCCUGCAGAAGCUUGCCCAGCUGGUUGGGAUGAGCAGGGUGGACGAUGUCUGGGCGGGCAUGAUGGUGUGGCUCCUCGUCAUCAUUGCCAGCAUGAUAGUGCUUGUCCAGGCCGGCUUCUUUGGUCACUGGCUGUAUCGCUUUGUGAUGAAGAUCCCAGAGGAGGAUCUCCGUUCCAAGAACAUCCCCUUCACUCUUGGGAACGUCAUCAGGAUAGUCUUCAACUAUUUCCUGCUACCCAUUGUAGCAUUGUCGACUUUUCAGCUGGUCGUCGCCAGCGGCUCGCCGGCCUACGCGGUCGCCCUCGCCGUCCUCACCCUGGUCCUCAUCAUCGGCUUUGCAGCUUGGCUGCUCUACCUCAUCGCAACCACGAAACCGAGGGCGUUCUUGUUCGACGACCUUCCGACGGUUCUUCUUUACGGACCUCUCUACAAUACAUACUCGGACGAAGCUGCCGCCUUCACCCUGGUACCGGUCCUGCUCACCUUUGUCCGCGGCAUCGCCAUUGGCGCCGUGCAGCCCGCAGGAGUUGCCCAAGUGGUCCUCCUUGCUAUCUGUGAGGUGAUUCAGAUCUUGACGCUCCACGCUUUCAGACCGUUUCACUCGCCCACGUCCAUGAACGCCUACCACACGCUCUUCUCUGCGCUUCGCCUCAUAACCGUUCUCUUGAUGGUUGCUUUCGUUCCCUCUCUUGGGGUAACUGACGGGCCAAAGGGUUGGAUCGGUUAUGCAAUUCUCGUCACCCACGCCGGCGUACUCGUACUUGGUUUCCUGCUCAACGCCGUGCAGACCAUAGUUGAGGUGCUCGCCCGAAUGCUCGGAGCCGGCGGCGACGACAUCCGUGGGCAGACUAGGGGUGCUUUGUCCAAGAUCUUUGGCAUGCGCCAGCUGUCGCGGCGCAUGUCUCGUCGUCGGGAGAAUGGCCCGUCCAGGCAUAGCCAGCUGUCUACUUCCGCGAUGCUUGAUGCCGAUGAGGUAUCUAAAAAUGGAUACAUCAUGCCAGGCGGUCGUCUUCGGAGCGAAUCGGCCGGGAGUAUUGGGAUGUUGAUGCAUCGUCGCCAGAGAAGCUCGUCUGUUCUAGACACCCUGAGCCUCGAUACCCCAGCUCGCAAUCUUGACAGCGGGGCAAGUUCCUUCACCCCAACGACACCGGGCGAGACAAGUACAUUCUCAUACUUGCCUUCGCCCAAGCACGCCCUUCGCCACCACGGCGCCUUUGGUAUGCAGACGCCGGACCCUUAUUAUCGACCCCCGAGGCAGCGGCGCCAGACCAUGGAGACGUCGUCUUCCCCGUCAUCGAACGCUGCGGGGGCAUUGAGAAACAGUGAGCUGUCCCAGAAACGCCUUAGCCAGGCCUGGUCGGGCGCCGCUGAAAAUCCAGCGGAAGCCGGUGUUUCGAUUUCUAGGGAUGCUACUCCCGCUCCCUACACGGUUCCUUUCGCUCCAAGAGCCGAUUAUUCGACUCGUGAGGUCGAUUUCUAUUACGGCGUCAGGGGCGAGCGGUUGAACUCGGACGCGCCCAACCGUAAACUGAGGACCGGCCCUGCUGACCCAACCAAGCCGGUAACCUCACCGGCCGGCUGGUUCUGGGGCAUGUUUGGCAAGAAGAGGAAAGACAAGGGGAAAGGAUUCGAGGUGGUUAGGAGCUCACGAAUGCCGCCAGCCAUGCGAGUUGCGGGCAGCGACUUCGACGACGAUCCUCCCCCAGAAGGGAUACCGGUCGCCAUGGGCGUGUUGCGGAACGGUCCAAUCGAGUCAGACGAGGAAGACGAGGGGCGGGAUGUGCAGAGGCGCGGGAACGGGAGCGCCCGCAUCUCUCGGGUAACAUCACCAGAGAGAGAACCACUCAACAGCGGGAGGCGGUCUCAGGACGAUAGCUUGGACGGACUCGGCGCCUCAGACGCACCGCCAGCCUCUGCCUUGUCUAGGAAUGGUGCCCCAGAAACGGGCACCAAUGAUACCGUUGAAGCGCUACUCGCCGAAGUGGAAAGCGACCUGCGGGUUCCCGAGGUUCCUCGGAAGAGCUCGAAGCGGAAUUCGUGGACUCGGUCGCAGUCUAGGGAGUCCCAUCCCAAACAACCCGAGCCAGAUCAACAGGCAAAUCUUACUCCAUCUGCGGCAACGCCAUCCCGGUUACCGUUCGAACGGACGAGCUCGCAAAAGACGGGCUCGUCAGCAGGACUCACAGACGAUUUCGUCCAGGUGGACUUGCAAGACUCUAACAGCGGGACGCCUGCAGGCUACGGCUUCGUGAAUCAGGGAAGUGCAAACAGGGUUGACCAUCAGGUCGACCUCCUUGGAAGUUCAGCUGAGGUGGUGGACGAGAGACGAUAGGCCCAUCUUUCCCCCUCUUCAUGAAUAAUCCCCGCUGUGGAACAUACCGAUUUCCAUACUUGAUCUCUCAGCUCAUGCGUUUACCUCUCACCCAAGCAUGCCAAAGUGUUGGUUGGAGGAUCUGUCGAUAUAUCCCCGGAUGGACCUCUUUUUUACUCUCUCUCCCUUUUCAUGAUUCGGCAUUGGAUAUCCAUGGGUACUAAGCGGGGGCGCACAAAAGGGGAUUUUGUUUUUUUACGGGCGGUGAUUGAAAUGGUCUUAAUUGUAGACUGGCCCAGUAACAGACAAUAAUGCUGUGUGUAUGUAAUCAGGAGCCCAAAAUAGGGUUCAGUGGGAUAAACUCGGAUUUUGAAAUGGAUAAUCAACAGAACAUCAAGGACAUAAAAGCAGCUGGUGACGGGGCAGUAGCCAUGUGAACAACAUCUGUCAACAAAUGACGCAACAAAGCA